CGACACAACACAACACAAGACCACCACCACCACCUCCUCCUCCUCCUCCUCCUCCUCCUCCUCCUUCUCCUCCUCCUCCUCCUCAAACCGAUUAAAAUAGCACGGCACAAUGACCGAAGAAACCAAAUCCCUUCCUCCUCCGCCUCCACCUCCCCCACCCCCAGCUACCACGCUCUCCCCCCAACCGCAACCGCAAACCACCACAACCACCCAAACAACACCAAAAACCAGCCCCGCCCCGGCACCCGAACUCCAAUCCGAACUUAACGCCGCAGUCGACGAUCUCCUCGACCAGCUCCAACAUAAAUUCGACGGCGUCUCGCGCGAGAUCUUUGGGAAGUUAGACGAUAUGGCGCGGCGGUUAGAUGAGUUGGAGGCUUCGUUGGCGUUGUUGGAUUCUUCUUCUCCUGCUGGUGCGGGGGCUACAACUGGGGGUGGGGUUGCUGGGGCUGGAGCUGGGGCCGGGGCAGUUGGGGAUGGGGCUGGGAGUGCUAGUCCGGGGCAGUGAGGAUGCUUUCUUGGGUUGUGGCUUGGGGGUUUUGGGCUGGGAGGAGAGAGGGGAUGGGGGUAAUAUGGAAGUGGAGGAGGGUGGGUGCUUGGUUCUUGGACGUUCCAUGCAUUGCAUUGGUAUUAAUAUUGCUCUGGUGGGGUUUCUUUUCUUGGGGUUGGGGUUUGUUUUGGGGGGAUAGGAGCGGGUUGGUCAUCAGGACUGGAGAGAGAUGUUGGACGUGUACUGUAUACAGUCAGGUGGUGUCGUUUUUACUGUCG